AUGGGUCGCCUAAGCCGAAAAUCAUCGCGGAUUGAAUCCACCGAUGAUGAUAACACCCCCGAGCUCAAACGCGAGGAGUCGGUGGAUGGCGAAAUGCCCGAGGAGCCUAGCAAUGCUCGCGUAGCUGCCAUCAAGCAAGAGGAGGCAGCUAGUCCAUCAGAGUCGACCUCAUCCCCAGCCACGAAAAUCAAAUCCUCUCGCUCGUCGUCGACCUCAUCGUCGACCUCCAAACCACCUUCGGCGGCAGAUUUGGCCGCCAAGAACGAGCCUAGGGAUGCCAGUGGCCUCAUUUCAUCCUCCACCUCGCCUGUCAAGCCCGAACCCAAAGAGCCGUCGAAACCCGCGAAAUCGUCCCGAACAUCAUCUAAGCUCCCUCCUCGCAUCGCACCUCUGUUUGAUCACCUCCCCGACGCCACCGAAGAAGCGAUCUCAACAUUUUCCAUUCUCGACUCCUGCACCUAUCAAAAUAAGUAUCUUGGAUUCAGCGAACAUGCUCUCGAUUGCGACUGUGCGGAAGAAUGGGAUCCUUCCACGAAGCAGAAUCUCGCCUGCGGCGAAGAUUCAGACUGCAUCAAUCGUGCUUGUAAAAUGGAAUGUGCCAAUGACUGUAGUUGCGGAACGAACUGUCAGAACCAACGGUUCCUCCGUCAUCUCUUUGCAGACGUUUCGGUCAUUCAGACCGAAAAGAAAGGGUAUGGCCUCCGUACUAAUGUCGAUCUCCGACCUCACGAUUUCAUCUUCGAGUACAUCGGAGAGACAAUUCCAGAGUCCACCUUUCGAAAACGGAUGGUGCAAUAUGAUGAAGAGGGCAUCAAACAUUUCUACUUCAUGUCGUUGAGCAGAGGCGAGUUCAUCGAUGCUACCAAAAAGGGCAAUCUCGGCCGCUUCUGCAACCAUUCUUGCAACCCGAACUGUUACGUCGACAAAUGGGUGGUUGGAGAUAAACUUCGCAUGGGCAUCUUCGCUGAACGAUACAUCAAAGCGGGAGAAGAGUUGGUGUUCAAUUACAAUGUUGACCGUUACGGUGCGAAUCCACAACCAUGCUACUGCGGAGAGUCCAACUGUACAGGUUUCAUCGGAGGCAAGACUCAGACUGAAAGAGCCACCAAGCUUUCAACGGCAGUUAUCGAGGCCCUUGGGAUUGAAGAUGCUGAUACUUGGGACACCACCGUCGCUAGACGUCCCCGCAAGAAGAAGACGACUGAAGAUGACGAAGAUUAUGUUGAUAGCCUUGAGGCGAAGUCCUUGGACGUCGACGGCGUGACCAAAGUCAUGGCUGCUUUGAUGCAGUGUAAGGAGAAGUGGAUUGCUGUGAAGCUGUUGCAGCGGAUACAGAGAUGUACCGAUGAUCAGGCAUGGCACAGAGUGGUCCGAUUCCAUGGCUACCAAAUACUCAACUCGCAGCUUUCUGCUUGGAGGGAUGAUGAGAACAUAAUCCUCCAGAUCCUCGACGUUCUAGACCGCCUCCCUCGACUCACGAGAAACAAGAUUGUCGAUGCCAAAAUAGAAACGACCAUGCAAUCCCUCACUGAGCACUCUGAUGAACGAGUGUCUUCACAGGCAUCGUCUCUGCUUGAUGCAUGGUCAAAGCUAGAACUUGGUUACCGCAUACCGCGGAAAAAGAAGGAGGACGUUUCAGCGCAGGUCAAGGCUGAGCCCACUCCUUUCGAAAGAAGAGAAUCUGCCCAGCAGCGGAAACGCUCAGAGUCCAGAUCACCAUCACGUAGCCCUCCACGAGGUCCAUCUGGCGUGCCGUCGGUACCUUCAGGCCCACGGUCACUGCAAAGACCUGGUAACUUUGGCCCUCGCCAUGGCCCUUCUUUCAAUCGUGGUCCUCCUCCACUUCCCAGAGGUUGGUUUGCCGCUCAAGAUAACGGACGAACAUACUACUACUCUGCCACUGGUCAAACGACGUGGGUGAGGCCAACAGCGCCCGCUGAUCAAGCUCCGAGUCUACCGAAGCAGCCUUCUGAACAAGACGUCCUCAAGAGCAUUAUCGACAACAUUGUCACCUCUCGCGAGAAGGACACAAAGACUAGUACUCCUGCGACCCCGGAGCCCACAAAGGUCAAGAAGGAAGAGCGGUGGAAAUCGUACAAUGAAGAGAAGCAGAAGAAAUUGUACGAAAAUACCCUCUUCCCGCAUAUCUCGCAUGUGAUGAGUAGGUACAAGCACAAGAUUCCCAAAGACGACCUGAAGCGCUUCGGUAAAGAAAUUUCGAAAAAGCUUGUCGCGUCCGAUUAUAAGGCUGGCCGUGUGAAAGAUCCAACCAAGAUCGAUGAGCGGCAACAGAAGAAGGUCAAAGAAUUUUGUAAACAGUUCUUCGAAAAGGCGUAUCAAAAACACAAGAAGCACGAAGCCGACAGGGCUGCCCGCGACAAGCGAAAGAAAGCAGCCGGAGCCUCGUCGCCGACGCAAUCACCUAAGCUGGAUGAAGCGACGCCAGAGGAUGUCAAGAUGUCUGAUGCUGAGGACGACGACGGUCCACCGUCACCGGAAAUCGAGACACCUUCUGAAGAUACCGCCAGUGGCACACUUAAGCGCAAGCGCCCCGAGGAUGACACGACUUUGAUUGCCAGAGACGAAAACGAGUCCGAGUCGAUAGGCUCGCCUACAAAAAAGGUUGACAUCAAACCUGACUUGGACACGCCACCUCCGCCACCGCCGCCGCCAGCGCCGCCUGUCGAAACACCACCAGCCAGCACGCCGCGAGAGGGCGAAGCGGACAUGGUUCUGGACACAGAUAUCCACGGUGAUACCAACUUCAAAAGCAGAAGCAUGGCCGACGUCCUGGCCCAAGCGCAGGCCGACGAAGAUGAUGAGGGUGGGGAUGUGUCAAUGACAGAUGGUGUGGGCAACAAUGGAGCAAACCCUUUGGUCGAUAAACAGCCUGGCUGA